AUUUCUAUUCAAGAAGCCGGCGUCGCUUAAAGGGAUCGAUGAUCUAUUUGUGUCGUCCCUUGCCAUUCCGUCUGUCCAGCUAUCCGACUCUGAGUAAAUACGUGCUACACUGCCCUGUCAAUCCUCCUCCGUUUGCCAACUCCACAGAAGCAAUUUCAUCUUCUCUUCUACUCUUCCAUGGAAGCACCUCCCGCGGGCUACCGAAAGAACGUUGGCAUAUGUCUCAUAAAUUCGUCUAAGAAGAUCUUUUCAGCUUCACGGCUUGAUAUCCCUGAUUCUUGGCAAAUGCCUCAGGGCGGUGUUGAUGAAGGAGAAGACCCCAGGGAUGCUGCAAUUAGAGAACUAAUGGAAGAAACUGGAGUUUCAUCUGCAGAGAUCCUUGCAGAGGUUUGUAGGGACCCUUGGAAAUCCAUGACAAAAAGGAAAACAAAAAGGGUCCUGUAUAACUUACCACAAGUUCCUUAUUGGUUGACCUAUGAUUUUCCUCCUGAAGUUAGAGAGAAAUUGAAUAAGCAAUUGGGAACAGAUUGGAAAGGUCAAGCACAGAAGUGGGUGAUCCUACUAGUAGGAAAAUCCAUAUUAUUGCUUGGGAUAAAGUUUGUAAGCCUAAAGAGGUUGGAGGUUUGGGCAUUUUUUAUCUUGAUGCUCUCAGUUUUGCGCAUAACUGUUCUCUUAUCUGGAGAAAAUUCAUCGCCUUUGCAGCCAUCUGCUGCCAUUGUCACUGGUUGCCAUCACCCUCCACCGGCUGCGGUGAAAAGGGAAGGAGCCCUUGGGACAGUAAAAAGAGAUAUAAAAUGUAGGUUUUGUUUUAGAUUCGUUGGGAGGGAGGAGGAGAUAAAUCUUAGCUGGAAUGGAACUGAGAAACCAGAGUUUGGUGAAUGGUCAUGGAUGACUCCAAAACAAGUGAUUGAAUUACUGCCCAGCUUGUUAUGACCUCCUUACACUAUGUAAGGACAAAAUAAUCUGUUGAGACAAGAUUGCAUGGGUUAAUAAAUUAUUUUGGUUUUGGCCUCAGUCUAAGGGGUGAUAUGGUAUCAACUUCAGUUUCUACCAUAAAGGUGAUGCAUUUUUAUCUUCAACUUUCACCUGUAAGGAUAAUAUAUCGUCAAAGGCUGCUCUCAUUAAUUGAGCUUCUAGUUUAAUGAAGGGGUGUCUGUCAACUUUUGGCUUCAAUUUUAAGGGGUGUCUGUCAACUUUUGGUUCCUUUUAAAGGGUGAUACGCCAUCUACUCUAGCUUCUAUCAUAAGGGAUGAUUUGGCCAUCACUUUUGUUUCCACUCUAAGGAGUGGUUUGUCAUUGGCUGACUUCCACCAUAACAAGUUAUAUAAGCUUGCAUUAGUUUGAACUAGUAGAAAUGACAUGAGACU